UUUUCUUGUAACUGCAGAAACCUUGACGGAGUUAUUGGUUGCAGUGUCGAUGUCUUCCCGGAAGAGAGGAAUCUUUUGUAUCAUCUUAUCGAUGCAUUAUGUUCAAUUGAUCCAGAUAUCCUAGUUGGAUGGGAGAUUCAGUUAGGAUCUUUAGGAUUUCUUGCUGAAAGAGCUGCUUAUCUGGGUAUAGGCUUACUGAAAAGAAUCUCAAGGACACUACCACAUGAGUCAAAAUAUCCACCUAAGAAUCUAGCCCAUGAGUCUAGUCAGGUGCCUGAAGCAUCUCCUGCGGAUGAUGUUAUUGUGGAUGUCAGUGAGAAUGAUUGGAGUCAUACUCAUGCUAGUGGUGUACAUGUUGGUGGGAGAAUUGUACUAAACUUAUGGCGUCUCAUGCGUGGAGAAGUUAAGCUUAACAAUUACUCCCUUGAAGCUGUGGCUGAUGAAGUCCUGAGGCGAAAGGUACCAUUAGUACCAAACAAGACAUUGAAUCGAUGGUUUGCAACAGGUCCUGGACAAGGAAGACACCGGUGCAUAGAAUAUGUUAACAGCAGAGCUAUGCUCAACCUUGAAAUAAUAAAUCAACUUGACCUGGUCAAUCGGACAUCUGAACUUGCUCGUGUGUUUGGUAUUGACUUCUUCUCUGUUCUUUCACGAGGGUCUCAGUUUCGUGUUGAAUCUAUGCUCUUGAGAUUGGCUCAUACACAGAACUACCUUGCAAUUUCCCCAGGAAACCAACAGGUUGCUUCUCAGCCAGCCAUGGAGUGCAUGCCACUUGUAAUGGAACCAGAAUCAGCUUUCUACUCUGACCCAGUUCUCGUAUUGGAUUUUCAAUCUCUUUAUCCUUCCAUGAUAAUAGCAUAUAAUCUAUGUUAUUCUACUUGCUUGGGUAAAGUUUUCCCGUCGAAGUCCAGUGUACUUGGUGUCAGCUCAUAUUCAGCCGAUCCGCAUACGAUCGCUGAUCUGAAAAAUCAGCUGAUUCUUACUCCAAAUGGGGUUCUGUAUGUGCAACCGGAGGUCAGAAAAGGUGUAGUGCCUCGCCUUCUUGAGGAGAUACUGUCAACCAGAAUUAUGGUGAAGCAAGCACUGAAAAAGCUAGCUCCAUCUCAGAAGGUUCUGCAGAAGAUACUCAAUGCUCGGCAACUUGCUCUGAAGCUGAUAGCUAAUGUAACGUAUGGUUACACAGCUGCUGGGUUCAGUGGUCGUAUGCCCUGUGCAGAGCUUGCAGACAGCAUUGUUCAAUGUGGUCGUAGAACGCUUGAAACAGCAAUAUCAUUUGUCAAUCAGCAUCCCUUGUGGAAUGCUAGGGUUGUGUAUGGUGAUACUGACAGUAUGUUUGUUCUUCUAAAAGGGCGAUCUAGGGAAGAAGCAUUCAGAAUAGGAAAGGAAAUUGCCUCUUUAGUGACUGCGAUUAAUCCGGAUCCAGUCACUUUGAAGUUUGAGAAAGUGUACCAUCCCUGUUUCCUUCUUACAAAGAAGAGAUAUGUUGGCUAUAGCUAUGAAAACCCCGAACAGAACGAGCCAAUCUUUGACGCAAAGGGGAUUGAGACAGUGCGGAGAGAUACAUGCCCGGCGGUUGCGAAGAUGUUAGAACGAUCUCUUAGAAUAAUGUUUGAAGAACAAGACUUGGUCAAGGUUAAAUCGUAUGUGGAGCGUCAAUGGACACGGAUAUUAUCAGGAAAAGUUUCUAUUCAGGACUUCAUUUUUGCAAAGGAGGUUCGUCUUGGUACUUACAGUGCAAGGGCGUCCUCGCUGCCACCUGCAGCAAUUGUUGCAACAAAAGCAAUGUUGUCUGAUCCACGGGCAGAACCACGUUAUGCAGAGAGAGUGCCCUAUGUUGUUAUCCAUGGGGAACCAGGGGCUCGUCUCGUCGAUAUGGUCAUUAAUCCAUAUGGUCUGCUAGAAGUUGGAUCCCCUUAUAGGUUAAAUGAAUUAUAUUACAUAACCAAACAGAUUAUUCCAGCACUACAACGUGUCUUUGGACUCCUAGGUGUUAACCUAAAUAAAUGGUUUAAGGAGAUGCCUCGCCCCACACGGUCAACACUCGCGAAACGCCAGUCUGCUUUGGGUCACGGUUCUCGUGAUAGCAGUUCCAUCCGAUUGGGAUGGAACAAGAAACCGUCCGCCAAAGUAGCCAGGAUAGAUACUUAUUAUAUGUCGAGCCACUGUACUAUCUGUGGUGAUACAGUUCAAGGAUCAGAAACUUUUUGCAGUUACUGUUUAAAAAAUGAAGCUGUUGUUGCCACUGUAGUCACUGGCAGGACAUCAAAAUUGGAGCGAGAAAUCCAACAUCUUGCUGCUGUAUGUGGCCACUGUGGCGGCGCGGACUGGAUCAUGGAAAGUGGGGUCAAGUGUGUUUCGCUUGCAUGCCCGGUGUUCUAUGAGCGUCUGAAGAUUCAGAAGGAGUUGAGAGUCGUCUCGGAAUCCGCUGGAGAAGCUGGCUAUUAUCCAUUCUGCUGCGGGGAGCUAUUCUGACUUUGUAUUCUUGUUGUUAAUAUCUUGUACAUUGUACAUCUGUAAAAUGUACAAUCAGACUGUAAUUAUGUUGUUGUAACUCAUAGCAUUAUUAUGUACCAGUGUGUGUAGCAAAGGAGUAUAUAAUGUGUAACAACACACAUCCUCAUUUGAGAGGGCAAGAAAAAGUUACCCACCAGUUUGUUUC